AUGGAGACACACACAUUUCAUUUUCCACAUGAAGAGACAACCAUUACUUUACAGGAUGUGGCCCUACAGUUGGGCUUAAAGAUUGAUGGAUUGCCGGUAACCGGUUUUAUCACCGGCGAUGUAUGUGUUGCUUGUCAGACAUUACUCGGGGAAACUCCACCUGAUAAGUAUGUAAAAGGUAAAAUGAUUUACCUAACUUGGUUACGGCAAAAUUUUCAGCAACUUCCUGUUGAUGCUGAUGAUGUUGUCAUUGCACAACAUGCUAGAGCUCAUAUGAUGAUGAUUAUAAGCAGUUGUUUGAUGUCAGAUACAUCAGGUGCAAGAGUUCAUUUUAUGGAUCUUCUUUUAUUAUCAAAUUUAACUGAGGCAAGUCAUUAUAGUUGGGGUGCAACAGUAUUAGCAUCCUUUUUUCGAGCUCUAGAUCGGGCUGUGAAGCCAGACCAAACUGAAAUCGGUGGAUGUUUGUUGUUGCUACAGUCAUGGGCGUGCGACCGCAUUAAAUGUAUUACCCCAAAGAUAGAUCACCUAUCCAUGGAAGAAGUACGACAAGGACUCGGAUUUCCUCUUGCACGAAGGUGGUCUCGUCCAAGGACCGAACCAAAUAUUCCAACCAAUUCAGUGAGAUUGAUACGCAUCAUAUUUGAUAAACUAGAUAUUAAUGAGUUCUUGUGGGCUCCUUAUGACACACCAGAAAUAAGGCCAUUAAUUAAUGAUGUAGAGGUAUCAAUGAUUGUUCGAGCAAAAGUCCCUCUUAUAUGUUUUGCAAUUGUCGAAUGA